GAGCAGCACAAACACACGCUGUCUCUUAAUGAAGAAAUUCUGAGCAGGAAGAAAACUGUGGACCAGGCCAUCAAGAACGGACAGGCUUUACUGAAACAGACCACAGGUGAGGAGGUCCUCCUGAUCCAGGACAAGCUGGACGGGAUCAAGUCUCGCUAUGCCGAGAUGACGGCGAGCAGCGGCAAGGCCCUGCGCACGCUGGAGCAGGCACUGCAGCUCUCCACCAGGUUCGCCAGCUCCCACGACGACGUCAACCAGUGGCUGGACGGCGUGGAGGCGGAGCUAAACAACGUGGAACCCGAUGCUUCGCCCGCCUACCAGGAGAGACAGAAG